CUCGCCUGUGACGACUCGUUCGGUGCUGGCCCUCGGUGAACAUGAAUCCCGACUCAAAAACAAUGACAGCAUUCUUGCGCUGGCUUGUGUUCUUCGGCGUCAUCUCCUCAUACGGCGGUGGUCUGUGCCUGCGCCUGGUGGAUCUUCACGUGCCGGGCGCGGUGCGCAGUGGCGAGCCUGUGCAACUGCGCUGUGAGUACGACCUGGAGAACGCCGAGCUCUACUCGGUGAAGUGGUACAAGAACAACGUCGAGUUCUACCGCUACUUGCCCAGCGACGUGCCACCGGGGCAAUCCUACGAGCUGCUGGGCACCUUCGUCGACCACUCCCGUUCGGACAAGAACAACGUGUUCCUGGAGAAGACCGACCUAAACACCGAGGGCAUGUACGGCUGCGAAGUGUCCACCGAAGGCCCCGGGUUCAAGACGGUGAAGGGAGAGAGAGAGCUGCGCAUAUACGUCCUUCCCGAGGAAGGACCAUUGAUGGAAGGCUUCCAGCCCCGUUACCAGGUGGGCGACCAAGUCAACAUCACCUGCUACUCCCGGCCUUCCAAGCCCAUUGCCACGCUCAAGUGGUUCGUCAACAACAAUGCCGUUCCUGCAAAGUACGAGACACGGGCUGGCACGACGCGUCACGAGAACGGGCUGCAAAGCACGUCCACCACGCUGCACUUCGAAAUGCGGCCUGAGCACGUGUCGCGCGACGUGAUUCGCUUCAAAUGUACGUCGUUCGUCACACAGGCUCAUUCGCGCAGUAGCGAGGAGCUCGUCAUCGGAGACAAAGGACCGCCCAGCGGACGAGCGCCUCAAGAGUCUAACAGUCCCCGUAUCCUCAGUGAGAAGUCGCGCUACGAAGUUGGCGACGAUGUCGAUGUCAACUGCACGUCCAUCAUCACAGAGCACCCUGUUGAGCUACGAUGGUUCGUGAAUGAUCACGAGGUGAAAGGUCCAGAGGCGGUGCGGUUCCCGAACGUGCGCUACGCGGAUGGAACGCAGGCUGCCGUGCUGGGACUUCGGUUCCGCGUGGAGGCACGCCACUUCAGCGAUAGCGACGGGCUGCGCCUCAAGUGCACGGCCACGCAGUCGCGCGUGGUCGCCCUCAGCUCCGAGGAGACCGUCCAGGGAGCCCACCAGCGGUCAUCGGGGUUCCGCUUCGCCUCCGACCGGGCCAAUUCUUCACGUGAGUAUAGUGCCGUGUAUAGGGCCCACGCAGUUUCAGUACGGCCGUGA